CAAGGCAGCAGUUCUCAAUCCCCUCUGGAAGUUCUAUGUUCCCAGGACUUCUGCCCUUCCCCAGAAGGAGCAGGAGAAAAUGACCAAGUUUCAGGAGGCAGUGACGUUCAAGGACGUGGCUGUGGUCUUCACCAAGGAGGAGCUGGGGCUGCUGGACUCUGCCCAGAGGAGGCUGUACCGAGAUGUGACCCUGGAGAACUUCAGGAACCUGCUGUCAGUGGGCUACCAGCCCUUCAAACUAGGUACGCUGCUACAGUUAGCAAGAGAAGAGAAGCUUUGGGUGACGGAGGCAGAGAUCCAAGGAGAUGGGUGCUCAGGACAUAGGAAUCAAAACAAGAUAGAGAUGCUUCAAGAAGUAGGAUUAAGAUACCUUUUACAUGAAGACCUUAUGUGCUGGCAAAUAUUGGAACAAUUUACAAGUAAAUCAGCCAGAAAUCGAGACUCCAUAAUAAAUCUUCAAGCCAAGAGGUCCAAGUUGCUAAAACAAAGAGAUCUCCCCUGUUGGGUAUGGGCAGGAGAAUCUAUUCAGAGCUCUGAAGAUGAGAACUAUGUAAUGAAGCUUAGAAGGGAGAGUUCCAAUAGUAUCAAAAAUCAAGAGUUUCCAAUUAGGACUACCUGGGAUUUCUGGAGGAAAAUGUAUCUGAGAGAAUCACAGAAUUAUCAGAGUAGGUGUCAGCAAAUUGAUGUGAAAAAUAAACUCUAUAAAUGUGAUCAUCAUGUUAGGAGGAGGAUUGCUCACCACCAUGACGAUAAGGGAGUUCACAAAAGAGAGGAAGUUUUCAGCCACGUUAAUUGUGGAAAAGACUUCAUGAAGAAAUCAUCCCGGUGUAGUAUAAUCCAAUCAGGAGAGCAAACCUCUGAUGAGAAUGGAAAAGGCUUCAGUGUUGGCUCUAAUCUUGAACUUCAUCAGCAAUUGCACUUAGGCGAGAAGCCUCUUAUAUGUAUUGAGUAUGGGAAAGGCAUAGGUUAUAGGUCGGUGCUUCCCAUGCAUCCGAGUAUUCACAUGGGACAGAAAUGCUGUAGGAAUGGUGAGUGUGGUGAGGGCUUCAGUCAGAGCUCACAUCUGCCUCCUCAGAAAGUCCACACAGCAGAGAAACCCUACAGAUGUCAUGUUUUUGCUCAAAGCUUAAAUAAGAACUCCUCUGUUCCCCCUCAUGAGCUUAUUUACCCAGGAGAGAAGUUGUGUACCUGUGACAGAUGUGGGAAGGGCUUCUGUCAUAGCUUCGAUCUUAACAUUCACUGUGUAGACAACAAUGAAGAGAAAGUGUGUAAAUGCAAUACAUACAAUAAAGGCUUUAGUCAGACGUCACAACUUCAAGCCCAUCAGAGAGCCCACCCUAGAGACAAAACAUACAACUGGGAGGCACCUGACAGGACAUUUAAUCAGACUUCUGGUCUUCAUCAGAGAGUUCACACUGGAGAGAGACCAUAUAAAUGUGAGGUGUGUGGUAAGGGCUUCAGUAAGGCCUCAAAUCUUCAAGCCCAUCAGAGAAUCCACACUGGAGAGAAACCCUACAAAUGUGAUGUGUGUGAUAAGAACUUCAGCCGUAAUUCCCACCUUCAAGCCCAUCAGAGAGUCCAUACAGGAGAAAAACCCUACAAAUGUGACACCUGUGGUAAGGACUUCAGUCAGAUCUCUCAUCUUCAGGCACAUCAGAGAGUUCAUACAGGAGAGAAGCCAUACAAAUGUGAGACAUGUGGGAAGGGCUUCAGCCAGAGUUCACAUCUUCAAGACCAUCAGAGAGUCCACACUGGAGAGAAACCCUACAAAUGUGAUGUGUGUGGGAAGGGCUUCAGUUGGAGUUCACAUCUUCAAGCCCAUCAGAGAGUCCACACGGGAGAGAAACCGUACAAAUGUGAAGACUGUGGGAAAGGCUUCAUCUGGAACUCAUAUCUUCAUGUUCAUCAGAGGAUCCAUACAGGAGAGAAGCCUUAUAAAUGUGACAUGUGUGGUAAGAGCUUCAGUCAGACGUCACAUCUUCAAGCCCAUCGGAGAGUCCAUACUGGAGAGAAACCAUACAAGUGUUACUCGUGUGGUAAGGGCUUUAGUAAGAGUUCAUGUCUUCAGGUUCAUCAGCGAGUCCAUAAUGGUGAUAAAUCCAAUGCACAUGAUGAAUGUGGUCAAGGCGUUCUUCAAGACUUAGACUUCUCAUUUUCCUCAGAAAAUCCACAUGGCAGAGAAUAUCUAUAAAUGUCAUGUUUUAAGAAUUCAUUAGUGAGCUGAGUUUUUUACAAUCUGAAUUCUGUUGGAGUACACCUAUGUUUUGUUUGAAUAUGACCAAUGCUUCGAGCAGAGCCCAAAAUGUCACAGUUCUUAAGAAAACACACAACAGAGAAUCCCUAUAAGAAUGGUAUGAGAAUUUUAAUCAGAACCUUCAUGUUCAAUAGAGGCUACAGGGGAAAAAGGCCUUUAAAAAUCAUAAGGUUGGGACUUGAACAAAAAUAUAAUGAUGGACAUGGAAAAAUCCAUUUCUGCUAGAAUGUAACUUCCUUGGAGGCAGAAACUUUGUUUACUGCUGUAUGAUCACGACCUUGAACCAGUGCGUAAUAAAUCAUAGAUGCUCUGGAAUUGCUUAACUUGAUAGGAAAAACCUAUCAUAGAUAGGAUAAAUAUUUGCAAAUUUUAAUGUGUUCAACGCCAAUUAGUCAUGAUAAUUGUACUAGGAAAAAGAAAAGUGUUCUCGUAAGAAGCCUUAAAAAGGAAUGCAAGGAAAUGAUCAUUUAAUAAAAAUGCAUAAAAUCAUGCAAACUGCAAUAUGAGUAAUAUUUUGGCAAUUGGCUUCUCUCAGCUCAG